AAGACUAGUAGAACUAGAAUGGCAGCUGCUUUUCCUUCCUGCAAUAUUUGACCACGAUACCAUUAGUUACCACUCGUCUCGCACGUACGUACGUCACGGGUUAUUUAACAAGCGUUUUCGAUGUCAUGUGCUCCUUCCUCCAUGGUUGAUGGAGCCUAAAAUAUCGUGAACAAUGUUGCUGUUUUUGUUUUCGGCAGUGGUUUUCGGUAUAGCAGUUUUUGCUGUAGAUGCACCUGGAUGCAUAGGCAGUACUGAAUUGCCCCAACAUUCUGCUGGUCUCACUCAGAGUGCCGUCAAGGAGAUGUCUUUUACCUCAGGCAGGCAGGAUGCAUUUGGUUAUCACAACAUCAGACGUGACACCGCCUUCUUGUAUGUUGUCAAUAAUGCACCAACUGGCAUUGCCGUAUGGGGACAGUCCCAUGAGUGCUAUCAGUGUAAACUUCUAAGGCUUGUGGAGGUUUCUGGGAAUACAAGCCUGCUGGUACCGGUAUAUCUGGAUACAUGGUGGAAAUUGACUUUGGCAGUAACUCAUGCCAAUGAAGACAAAGUCAAUGCCAGCACUGUCCUUUGCAACCAGUUGACGGAACAUUUUGGUGAGAAUGGCAACUAUUCACUUUUCAUCAAUGUGAAUAAAAGUGCGACCGACAACUCAGAUGUAUGCCUCAUUUUUACGAAUAGAGAACCAGACAAUGCCAAUAUACCCAUCUACGUUGCAAUGGGAAUCUAUGCAUUUCUUGCCCUGAUGUACAGCUUGUUCAGUUUUGGCUAUAGGAAUGGUGUGUUAAGUACCUUCUUCAAUUGGUGCAUCACAGAAGGAGUGGUCAAUAGCGACCUAGGAUCACCACCCUCUCGCCAACCGAUUACAACUAAUACAAGCGUCAACAAGGACCCUCCCAAACCACGCAGACUCAAAUCCCUGGAUGCAUUCAGAGGGAUUUCCAUUGUCAUCAUGAUAUUUGUCAAUCAUGGCGGAGGUGGUUAUUGGUUCUUCAUCCAUGCACGCUGGAAUGGUUUAACUGUUGCAGAUUUGGUCUUCCCAUGGUUUGUAUUUAUUAUGGGCACGUCAAUGUCACUGUCCUUCAGUAGCAUGAUCAGACACAAUGUAUCUCAAUGGACCAUUUUGAAGAAGAUUAUACGACGGAGCCUCAUCUUAUUUGGCUUAGGCAUCAUGCUAGAUGGUGGAACAGAUCUGAGCACUUUCCGAGUUCCAGGAGUCCUGCAGAGAUUUGCAAUAUCAUAUCUUGUUGUGGCAAGCCUGCACUUAGUAUCUGCCAAACCAAAGGUUGAGGACUACCGUAUCACAAAGCAGUACCGUCUGAUGUUUCGCGAUCUGGUUGACUAUUGGCAUGAAUGGCUGGUUAUAAUAUCAUUGAUGGUCCUAUAUGUCUGUCUUGUUUUCUUUCUGCCGGUACCAGGAUGUCCAACGGGCUACUUUGGCCCGGGGGGACCUCUUGUGGAUGGCCACAUGAACUUGACCAACUGUACAGGGGGUGCCACAGGCUACAUAGACAGGUGGAUCCUGGGUGAGAAGCACCUCUACCCACACCCGACAUGCAAGAAGGUGUACCACACCACUGUGAAUUAUGACCCAGAAGGGAUCCUUGGUUCAAUACCUUCCAUAUUCAUCACGUUUCUUGGACUUCAGGCUGGAAAAAUCUUGCUGCUUCAUCAGUAUAACAGCAGCAGGAUCAUACGACUUCUUCUGUGGACUCUAAUCACGGGUGGACCUGCUCUCCUCUUGUGUGAGGCUUCCAAAGAAGAAGGCUGGAUUCCCAUCAGCAAGAAUCUCUGGUCUCUGUCAUUUGUCCUAGCCAUGGCUGGUACAUCGUUUCUACUUUUAACAUUCUGCUAUGUCACAAUUGAUAUGAAACAGUGGUGGUCUGGUGUCCCGUUCUUCUUUGCUGGCAUGAACCCCAUCACCCUGUACUGUGGUCAUGAAGUUCUGAUGGAUUAUUUCCCAUUCUCCUGGACAGCAGUAUAUGGCAGUCAUGCUGAGUUACUGGCCAUGAGUCUACUUUGUGCAUCCCUCUGGGUAGCCAUUGCAUACUACAUGUACAGAAUCAAUUUCUUUGUGAAAAUCUAAAAAUGAGAUCCUUGACAUUAGGAAUACUGAUUGAAGGGUACAAUAGGAAAAGUGUUAGGAAGUAUGGCAGGAUUGGCUUUUAAGAGUUCUGUAUUUUACAGAUAAAGCAGAUGGUACUGUCAGUUCAUUCAAAGGGACCUUUAUGAAAGAGCACACGGAAUGAGUUACACAUAAAAAAAGUAGUACCUUUGAAAUGUAUGAAAGUAACAGGGUGCCCUUUUUGAAGCUUCAGUACUUUCCAGUGAUGUUUAUGGGAAAAAAGUAGUUUCUAACAGCUGUUGCUGUGCACUAUACUCCUGGAGUGUCAAAAAACUAGCAGCCAAUUUCCACAGAACAUGACAUAGCCUUUGAGCCAUUAGAACUUUAUCACUGAGAAAAGUUUAUGCAACAAAUUUCAGCAUUGCUACGCAUUGCACAUUGUACUUAAGAUCAACUUCAUAAAAAGUUGUGCAGCUAUAUAACAUUUCAAAUAAAAAUAUCUUUACACAGUCACUGAAUUAACUCUGCCUAUUAUGUAGAAUGAGUUUUUGUCUUUUUCAUUAGAAUCUUGCAGUAAAUAUGAAAGCUCUCUCAGCUAAAUGUGUAGAGUAUUUCAGUACCUUCAAUUAAAAAACACUGUAAUUUCUGUGAAACCUUUAUAGCAAACACAAAUUAGUAGUCAGUUAAUCAUUCAUUUCUGUUUGUGCAGUGCAAGUUAUGCUACCUAAUAUCUGUCACUGUAUGAAUUUUUUCUUACCUUUGCUCGUACAUAUUUUAUUUUAAGUGUACCAAGGGUCCUUUGAAGAGGCUGGAUUCAUCUGGUAAGAAUUUCAAACUGACCUUCAGUUGUAAACUUGGUUUCUGCCUGUCCCCUGUUAUAAAAAAUAUAUAAUUGAGGAAGAAUUGUCGACUCACUUUCCUGUGAACUUAGUUUUGGUUCUUCCAGUUUAUUUUAUAUUUUUUCCAUGUGCUGAAUACCUGCUCUGCUUUAUGAAUUCAAGAACUAAAAUACCCAAAAUUGCCUUUUAUUUUUAUGGGCACGCAAAUGUUACUACAAAAUACACUUUGUAUGGCAUUUAACUUGACGUUUAAUAUCUGCUUAAUUAAGUAUUGUAAAGAGCAUAAAUUGCAAAGUAAAAUUAGAGAAUGCAUUCAGAUGCACAGAUUAACAUUUUUAUUCCUUUUUAAUACUAGUUUAAUAAAUUAAUUUGUAUUGCCUGAUACUAGAAGAGAGUUGAUAAAAAUGUAUAUUUUCAUCUGAGGCUGCCAUUUUCUAUGAGGCAGUGUACAUGAUAGAGACGGAGAAAAAAGGAAACAAAAAUUCAAGGCACUUCACAAACUGCAGUGACUACAUGUAUUUCUGUUAAAGAGAGGAAAGUUCAAGUUCACAAUGUGAAGUAUAGUCGCAUUACAAGUCGGGAGUCAUUUAGUCUAUCGGUGGAGUCACAAGUUAUUCAAAUGACUGUCAUAAAGGUUUGCUGUUCAAUCUGUUUUACUUAUUGGCUAGCUAAUUGUUAAGCCGUUAAAUAGAACACAACUGUAAUGAUAUCUUCCCAUGUUGUUAGUUACUUUGUGGGGAGGUUUUAAGGGAAAGGGUUUUGAUUUUUUUUAGGAGGGGUGGGCAGGGGUCUGAUUUUUUUUUAGGAGUUGGGUUUUGUCUGCUGUUGUGAACUUACAUUUGUCAGAGGCAUGCAGUUUGUUAGGUGGGAUGAAAACUUAGUUGCCUAAGACAACCCUUUUCUCGGGUUUUAAUUAUGCAGUUAACUCCUUAAAAUCAAAUCAAGAAAACUGGACAAGAAAAAUGCCCAUCAAGAUCCUGUGAUGAUAAACUGUUUCACAAUUGUUCGCUGAAUAUUUAUGCUUAUCAAAACAUUGUGUAUUUCUUGUUAUUACUACUUUUGUACUGUACUGCUCAUGGCAUUUCUCGAUUGUUGACCGCUGUGAUGUGGAAUAUGACUUUUUGAAACCCCAAAUGGCAUAUUGUAUACGUACCUUUUGGAUACACAUCCUCUACAUCAAUUGUAAUUUGUCAACAAACUUGGCUUUAAAUGUGAAAUCUAGAAAAGGGGAAAAAUGACAGAUUUAAUUAUCAGGGAAAGGAAA